CGCACUUGCAGGUUUGCACGCGGUGUUCUCAGCGUCGAUCCAGUCGAGACUCGAGAUUGGCUCCCAUCACGACCACACUCCAACCGGCCAAGCCUUUUCGGCAUCCUCGCGCCGCUUCUGGCUAGCCUACAGAGAAGCGAUUCGAGCCUAGUCUCUCACUUGACGAGAAUUGCUGACUGGCGUCCUGCCUACGGCGUACACUCCGAGAAUUCGAGGGCCGUUCCUAGCUUCCAGGAUGUUGGCGCUGCCUUCCCCUGGCCGAAGCCACCGCCCAAGCGGACAGCGCCAUGCCACAAACCUUGGCUUCUCCCUCAGGCUAAAGUAUGCGUAGCGAAGCUCGAGGUGUGCUCCUCCGAGACAAUGCAUGGUUCCCACAUGGCUUCUUCAGCUCGACGGUGGAGAAGAUUGAAUUCAACGUGCGUCAUCAUUGCCGAUAGCACUGGGACUUGGCGCACUCUCAAAGUACAGUACGAUUCGACAGUUAACGUGCCUCGGGCCACAUCGCGUCAUCCUCAAUCGACAGCAACGACAACCUCCGACGGGACGCAAGGUCACCAGCUUCCUGAGAUGGGGCCUCAGGUCAGGGCUCGCCUGCGAAAUGGCGCGGCAGUGUCUCCAACAAGAUCUGCAGAGGCGCUGGUGCCAGCCUCAGCUGAGGCACGUUCGUGUGGUCAUGCCGCCACUGCCGAUGCUCGCUGUACGCACUGA